UGUCUGCAAUUCUAUUAGAUCUAGGCCUAAUCAAAAUGGACCACAUUUUGAGACAGCUUAACAAACUCACAAAAACCAAAACUAUUGCUCGUCACUUCUCUAUAUCACAGGAAUACUGUCAGGAACUGGGUCUGAAGAAUGUUGCUCUCCGAUCUCACCAACUGGAAGGUCUCAAGUGGUUAUCAGAGUGUCAUGAGAGAGGGCAGCAUGGCUGUAUCUUAGGGGAUGAAAUGGGACUAGGGAAAACACUUCAGUCUAUAGCUCUACUACUUUAUCUACGAGAUGCUUCCUCCUCUCCUUCUCCUCCAUUUAUUGUCAUAUGUCCUCUCUCUGUUGUUAGUGGAUGGGAGAAAGAGUUACAAAGGGCAUCACCUCAGUUAAGAGUUCUUAAUUUUUGUGGAGAUAAAGAAACAAGAGGCUCAAAGCAAGAAGAAAUACUUUUGCAUUGUUACAAAAGUGGUGCUAUGAUUGAUCCUCCUUUUGAUAUACUACUUGUUCAUUAUGAGAUUGUUCUUCUGCUCUGGAUUAAGAGAGGAUUCACACUGUUGCUCAAUAACAUUCACAAGUUUAGUUGAUUUAGUGUAACUGUCUAUUCCUAUUACUAGCAUCUCUUGUCUAAAAAGUUUUGGUAUUAAUCUUGCAGCAUGAAGCUCAUUUGUUA